UUCGGCUUGGUUCCGUUCGGUUCGCUUCGGCGCGCAUCAGCUCGGCUCGAGGUGGUUCAGAGUGGAUCGGUUCGGGUCGGAUUGGAUCGGAUCUAAGCGGAUCGGGUCGGACUAGAGCCCAGCACAGCCCGGCACAGCCCGCAGGGCGCGGAUCGCGGCGGGGAUGGCCGUGCCCGAGCCGGACGCGCGGCUGGCGCAGGAGAAGGAGGAGGAGAGCGAGGAGGAGAGCGAGGUGCUGGAGGAGAGUCCCUGCGGCCGCUGGCAGAAGCGCCGCGAGCAGGUGAACCAGGGGAACAUGCCUGGCAUCCAGAGCACCUUCCUGGCCAUGGACACCGAGGAGGGCGUGGAGGUGGUGUGGAACGAGCUGCUCUUCACUGACAGGAAGGCCUUCAAAGCUCACGAGGAGAAGAUCCAGACCAUGUUUGAGCAGCUGGUGCUGGUGGAUCACCCCAACAUCGUCAAACUGCACAAGUACUGGCUGGACGUCAGGGACAGCAAGGCCCGGGUCAUUUUCAUCACAGAGUACGUGUCCUCGGGGAGCCUCAAGCAGUUCCUGAAGAAAACCAAGAAGAACCACAAGGCCAUGAACGCCCGGGCCUGGAAGCGCUGGUGCACCCAAAUCCUCUCAGCUCUCAGUUUCCUGCACUCCUGUGACCCCCCCAUCAUCCACGGGAACCUGACCAGUGACACCGUGUUCAUCCAGCACAACGGGCUCGUCAAGAUCGGCUCCGUUUGGCACCGGGUGUUUGCCAACGCGCUCCCGGACGAUCUGCGCAGCCCCAUGAGGAUCGAGCGCGAGGAGCAGCGGAACCUGCACUUCUUCCCUCCGGAAUACGGCCAGAAGGCAGACGGGACGGCUGUGGACAUCUUCUCCUUCGGGAUGUGCGCACUGGAGAUGGCCGUGCUGGAGAUCCAGACCAAUGGGGACACGCGGGUGUCGGAGGAGGCGAUUGCGCGGGCCCGGCACUCCCUGGAUGACCCCAACAUGAGGGAGUUCAUCCUGUCCUGCCUGACCCUGAACCCCGACCGGCGCCCCAGCGCCAACAGCCUCCUGUUCCACCGUGUGCUCUUCGAGGUGCACUCGCUGAAGCUGCUGGCAGCUCACUGCUUCAUCAACCACCAGUAUCUGAUGCCUGAGAACGUGGUGGAGGAGAAGAUCAAGGAGCUGGAUCUGAACAUGGUGAUGGCAGAGAUCCGCAGGGAGGGGCGGCCCGCAGUGCAGUGGAGGUACUCCGAGGUUUCCUUCCUGGAGCUGGACAAGUUCUUGGAGGACGUCAGGAACGGGAUUUACCCCCUGAUGAACUUCGCCGCCUCCCGGCCCCACGCGCUGCCCCGAGCCCUGUCCCAGCCCCCGGAGGACCCACAGAAAGCCAAAACCCCCACGCCAGAGCCCUUCGACGUGGAGACCAGGAAGGUGGUACAGAUGCAGUGCAACAUGGAGCUGAACGAGGACAAGAGCCAGUGGCACCUCACGCUCCUGCUGAUCCUGGAGGACAAGCUGCACCGCCAGCUCAGCUACGACCUGCUGCCCACUGACAACUCCAAGGAUUUGGCCACAGAGCUGGUGCAUUACGGGUUCAUCCACGAGGACGACUGCGAGAAGCUGGCCGCGUUCCUGGAGAGCGCCUUCCACAAGCACCGCUCCCAAGCCCUGUGAGCCCAGCCCAGGGGACUGAGGCGCCCCGGGAGGACCCCAAAGGGCUCCCCGGCCCCAGCCAGCCCAGCAGGACCCACCGGGCCCACGGGGACUCACCCAGGCCGUGCUCAGGGCUCGGCCAAGCCCAGGAGUUCAUCCUGGGCCCUGCUCUGGUCCCUGCUCCGAGGGGAGCACCCUCGGCAGGGCCUUGCCAGGGGGUUUGGGAGCUGCUGCAGGAGCCCCCAGCCAGAUCCACGUCCCUCUGGGGAGGACCAGCCCCUCUCCUGCAGCUCCCACAGCUGAUUCCUGCCCCUUUGCCAUCCGGAGCGCUCCUUGCUGAGGGGAGGGAGGGGAGGAGCAGGCUUGGAGAGCCCCGUGGAGCUUCCCAUGUGCCACACUCCGCUCUGGAGCCCAGAAUUCUCCAGGUCUGGGGUCUGCAGGGUGCUGCCUGUGCUCAGAGCCCUCCCCGUGAGCUGGACGUGAGAAGGAAUCCCUGACCCACCACCAGGAACGUCACUGAUGCUCCAUAGAACCCUUGGCAUGGCCCAGCUCCCCCUGCAGCCUUCCACAAUCUCUCAGAGAGAGCCCUGGAGCUGUUCCUGCCCGGCCUGGAGAUGGGGCACCGCCCCAGGGCUGCCCUUUGCCAGGGGCACACGGGGAGAGAGCUGCAGACAGAAAUGUCCCUGUGCAAGGGCUGUGUGGGGCUGCUCCAGCUGUGCCAGGCAGAGCUGGCCCUGAAAUCCUGCUCCUGCUGUGCCAGGGAAAACUGCUCUGAAACCCCGCUCUGUGCUGCUGCUGCUGUGCCAGGGAAAGCUGCUCUGAAAUCCUGCUCUGUGCUGGUGCUGCUCCUGCUGUGCCAUCGGAAACAGGCUCUGGAAUCCUGCUCUGUGCUGUGCCAGUGUUGCUCCUGCUGUGCCAUAGGAAACUGGCUCUGGCACUCUGGGCCAUGCUGCUCUGUGCCAGAGUUUGUGCCAGUGCUGCUCCUGCUGCUCCUACCAGGGAGAUGUGCCCCUGGCACCCUGCUCUGUGCUGUGCUGGUCCUGUUCCCACUGUGGCAAGGAAAACUGGCUCUGGCAUCCUGCUCUGUUCUGUGCUGAUGCUGCUCCUGCUGUGCCAGGGAAAACCACCUCUGGCAUCUUGCUCUAUGCUGGUGCUGCUCCUGCUGUGCCAUCAGAAACAGGCUCUGAAAUCCUGCUCUGUGCCAGGGUUGGUGCCAGUGUUGCUUCUGCUGUACCAGGGAAAACCACCUCUGGCCUCCUGCUCUGUGCUGGUGCUGCUCCUGCUGCUCCUGCUGUGCUGGGGAUAUCCAGCUCUGGCGCUGUCCUGGUGAUCUGCACCAUGCUGGUGUUCCAUGACAGUGCCCUGUGCUGUGCCAGUGCUGCUCCUGUUGUGCCAUAGGAAUCCAUCUCCGGCAUCCUGUGCUGUGGCAGCGCUCUGUGCUGCUCCUGCUGUGCCAGGGAAAGCUGCCACUGGCCUCCUGCUCUGUGCUGUGCUGAGCCAGUGCUGCUGCUGCUCCUGCUGUGCAGGGGAAACUGGCUCUGGCACCCUGCUGGUGUUCUGUGCCAGGGCUGCUCCUGCUGUGCCAGUGGAAUCCGGCUCUGGCAUCCUGUGCUGUGCCAGUGCUCUGUGCUGCCCCUGCUCUGCCAGGGAAAUCUGCCCCUGGCACCCUGUGCUGUGCCAGUGUUGCUCCUGCUGUGCCAGGGAAAUCUGCCCCUGGCACUCUGCUCUGCGCUGGUGCUGCCCCUGCUGCUCCUGCUGUGCUGGGGGAAUCAGCUCUUCAGCUCUGGUGCUGUCCUGGUGAUCUGCACCAUGCUGGUGUUCCAUGCCAGUGCCCUGUGCCAGUGCUGCUCCUGCUGUACCAGAGGAAUCCUGUGCUGUGCCAGUGCUCUGUGCUCCUCCUGAUGUGCCAGGGAAAUCUGCCCCUGGCAUCCUGUGCUGUGCUGGUGCUGCUCCUGCUGUCCUGGGGGAAUCAGCUCUGGUGCUGUCCUGGUGAUCUGCACCAUGCUGGUGUUCCAUGCCAGUGCCCUGUGCCAGUGCUGCUGCUGUGCCAGGGAAAUCUGCCCCUGGCACCCUGCUCUGUGCCAGUGCUGUGCCAGUGCUCUGUGCUGCUCCUGCUGUGCCAGGGAAAUCUGCCCCUGGCACCCUGUUCUGCACUGCUCCGUGCUGGUGCUGCUCCUGCUGUGCCAGGGAAAUCUGCCCCUGGCAUCCUGUGCUGUGCCAGUGCUGCUCCUGCUGUGCAGGGAAAUCUGCCCCUGGCACCCUGCUCUGCACUGCUCCGUGCUGGUGCUGCUCCUGCUGUGCCAGGGAAAGCUGCUCUGAAAUCCUGCUCUGUGCUGCUCCUGCUGUGCCAGGGAGAGCUGCCCCUGGCACCCUGCUCUGUGCUGUGCUGUGCCAGUGCUCUGUGCUCCACCUGCUGUGCCAGGGAAAUCUGCCCCUGGCAUCCUGCUCUGCACUGCUCCGUGCUGCUCCUGCUGUGCAGGGAAAACUGUUCCUGGCAUCCUGCUGGUGUGCUGUGCUGGUGCUGCUGUGCCAGAGAAAUCUGCUCUGAAAUCCCGCUCUGUGCUGUGCCAGGGAAAGCUGCUCUGAAAUCCUGCUCUGUGCUGUGCCAGUGCUGCUGCUGCUGCUCCCCUGUGCCAUGGGAAGCUGCCCCUGGCACCCUGCUCCCUGCAGGAGCUCCGUGUGCCACCACCUGCCCUGCGCUGCUCCUGCUCCAGCUGCAUCCCACCGGGAUUUCACCCAUGCUCAGCCAGCUUGGGCUGCACUCCUGGAUUGGGCUGCAUUCCCGAUUUGGGCUGCACUCCUGGAUUGGGCUGCAUUCCUGGCUUGGGCUGCAGCCUCAGCAGUGCUGCAUCCCCAGCAGUGCUGCAUUCCCAGCCCUGCUCCAUCCCCAGCAGCGCUGCAUUCCCAGCAGUGCUGCAUUCCCAGCAGUGCCAAUGUCCCACCUGACAAAUCAAUAAAGCCCAUCCCCACAAAUCAAUAAACCAUUCUCACUGUUC